CCCUCCCCUGUCGCCUGGGUUUGUGCGCUGGGGCGCCGGAGCCCCUCCGCAGCCGGGACGCGCGGAACUCGAGGCUGGAGUCGGCUCUCCCGAGCCUCCUCCCUCCCUUCUCCUUUCCUGCCCCCUUCCCCCACCCCCCGACUAGGGCUCGGAGCGGCGGCCAGAGGAACCCCGAGCCCAGGCCCCUGAGCGGGAGGGAUGGAGAACUCCUCAGCAGCGUCGGCCUCCUCCGAGGCCGGGAGCAGCCGCUCCCAGGAGAUCGAGGAGCUUGAGCGGUUCAUCGACAGCUACGUGCUUGAGUACCAGGUGCAGGGGCUGCUGGCCGACAAGACGGAGGGGGACGGCGAGAGUGAGAAGACGCAGUCCCACAUCUCCCAGUGGACGGCGGACUGCAGUGAUCAGCUGGACUGCAGCUACUCCUUCUCCCGAGGGCGAGCCCCCCUGCAGCAGAAUGGCAGCAAAGACACCUCUCUGGACAUGCUGGGCACAGAUAUCUGGGCUGCCAACACCUUUGAUUCCUUCAGUGGUGCCACCUGGGACCUGCAGCCUGAAAAGCUGGACUUCACCCAGUUCCACCGGAAGCUCCGACACACGCCCAAGCAGCCCCUGCCACACAUCGACCGUGAAGGGUGUGGAAAAGGGAAGCUGGAAGAUGGGGAUGGAAUCAACCUGAAUGACAUCGAGAAGGUCCUCCCGGCCUGGCAGGGCUACCACCCGAUGCCCCAUGAGGUGGAGAUUGCGCACACGAAGAAGCUGUUCCGGAGGAGAAGAAAUGACCGAAGGCGGCAGCAGAGACCCCCAGGAGGGAACAAGCCUCAGCAGCACGGUGACCACCCACCGGGCAGUGCCAAACACAACAGGGACCACCAGAAAUCCUACCAGGGGGGCUCAGUGCCCCACCCCUCAGGGAGGUCCACCCAUCACGGCUACAGCCAGAACCGGCGCUGGCAUCACAGCAACAUGAAGCAUCCACCAGGCGACAAGGGGGAGGCAGGCGCCCACCGCAGUGCCAAAGAGACCGUGACCAUGGAGAGCCCCAAACUCGAGGACGCCCUGGGGGAUGCCGGGCACAGCGGCCUCGAGCCUCCCUGCAGCCCUGAUGCCCUGGCCCCGGUGGCUUCCGAGAGGCUGCCCCUGCUGCAGCCAGGCGGUCCAGAGGCUGAGACAAAGCGUAAAGACAGUAUUAUUCCCGAGCGCAGUGGGGAGCGGCCCAAAGUUACCCUGCUCCAGUCUUCCAAAGACAGGCUGCGGCGAAGGCUGAAAGAAAAGGUACCGGAUGAAGUGGCCGUGGAGACCACCAACCCUCAGCAGAACAAGAUGGACAAGCUGAUUGAGAUCCUGAACAGCAUGAGAAACAACAGCAGCGACGUGGAUGCCAAGCUCACCACCUUCAUGGAGGAGGCCCAGAACUCGACCAACUCCGAGGAGAUGCUGGGGGAGAUCGUCCGUACCAUCUACCAGAAGGCCGUGUCCGACCGCAGCUUUGCUUUCACGGCCGCCAAGCUCUGCGACAAGAUGGCGCUCUUCAUGGUGGAGGGGACCAAGUUCCGGAGCCUGCUUCUCAACAUGCUUCAGAAGGACUUCACAGUGCGGGAGGAGCUGCAGCAGCAGGAUGUGGAGCGCUGGUUGGGCUUCAUCACCUUCCUGUGCGAGGUCUUCGGCACCAUGCGCAGCAGCACGGGCGAGCCCUUCCGCGUGCUCGUCUGCCCCAUCUACACCUGUCUCAGGGAGCUCUUGCAAUCUCAGGAUGUGAAGGAAGAUGCCGUCCUGUGCUGCUCAAUGGAGGUAAGCAGCGUGGCUUAGACACCUCCCACCUCAGACCCUGUGCGUCCCUCUCGCCUUAACAGUUAUGGGGGCUCAAGGACCACUGGAGGCAUCCACGGGUCCAGGGCAAGGGCGUGUCGAGCGGGGCUGGUGGCGGACGGCUUCCUGAGUGGAUGUGGACUUCUGCUGGAGGAGAGGGAACUGCCGGCUCUCUGGCGGGAAGGAUGGAGGGCUAGCAUCGUCCACUCUCCCUCUGCCCCCAAGACCACCUCCUCCUCGGCCAGGUGCACCACAUAAAUGACUUAGGAGAUUUUAGGUGAUGCCCUGCCCCCACAUAUCUCCUUUGGCUUCAGUGGUGUGGGGUUUGGGGGGAGGUGCUGAGGCUUGAACCCCCAGGUCGGCACUGUCCACUUCCAAGCAGCCCCCAUGAGGUCCCACUCCUGUUCCCAAGGUGUGGCCUCUGCUCUCCGGGAUCUUCCUUCAGACACUUGGCUUUGGCCCAGUUACAGGGACAAAGCUGUACCUUCAGAAAACAGUCCAAGGGGAAUCCCUGGUGGCCCAGUGGUUAGGACUCCGCGCUUCCUCUGCUGAGGGCACGGGUUCGAUCCCUGGUCGAGGAACUAAGAUCCUGCAAGCCGCACGGCGUGGCCAAAAAAAAAAAAAAAAGAAAACAGCCCAGGGACAUUCAGAGUGGAGCGUGGUGAGGAGAGGGGCUUCCAGGGCCCACACCCAGGGCACGCCGGGGCUCCAGGCAGGGGAGAUAGGAGGGGAGGAGAAAGCAUGGUCCCUGCCUCCAGACAGCUUGUGGUCUGGCUAGAGAUAGAGACCUCUGUCACAUGCACAGAGUGGAUGGGACGGUGUAGAGAAUAAAUAUGGGUACAGAGCAUGCAUCCCUGAGGAGUUAGGAGAGAGGUCAGAGUGGGCCAGAAAGGUCAGGGAAGGUUUCGUGAAGAAGGCAGAGCCUUGAAAAAGCGGGUGGGCUGAGGCUGGAGGUGGGGCAGAGAUGGGGACUUAGAUUAUAGGGAGAGGAGCUGCACGGGCUGCCGGCCGAGGGUGCGCUGAUCGGGAGGAUCGGGGCUCCUUCUUCCUAAGGGGGCUGUUCGAGGUGACCAGGGGCCUCUCUUGGGGGCAGGCCCUCUGGCUGGCCUUCUGCCCCAGUUCAUAUUUCUCUCCUCCCCUUCGUGUCACAAGUGUGGGCAGGGGUCAGUUCUGGGGGUAUGUAGGUGCGAUUGGGGGCAGAAGAGAAGGAAAGAGAGAAACAAGAGACCUCAUCCCUGCUCUCGGGUUCCACAUGGACACAUGCAGGUAAUAAUGACCAAGUUCGUUUCCAGAGAGACAUCCCAGCAAGUGAAAAUUGACACGGUGCCACCUGGUCACUCUUGAAGGAAGCAGGUCACACGGCCAUUGAGGUUGUGGGCGAUAGUCCAAGAAGGCUUCCUGUAGGAGGGGAGGCAAGUGGAUGAAGGGAGAAGCAGCGUGUUCCUGGUGAGGACUCUUGGCAGCCCUGGGCAGCAGGCAAUAUUCUGACCCCUCUUAUUCCUCCGGCAGAUUGGGUAUUAAAUGUGGGCUCUCGCAUUGGCUGUGUCCACCCUCCACACUCUCCAUCCUUCUGCCCUGUGGCAUAGAGGCCUGGGCCUGCACCUUCCUGGGAUAAUCCAGCUAUUUCCCGUUCCUGCCCCCAGCACCCCUAACCAAGGUGGGUCAGGAGCCCUCUCAGGGCCCAGCUCACGUCCUAACCCCACUUCUCUGCCCACAGCUGCAGAGCACAGGCCGACUGCUGGAGGAGCAGCUGCCCGAGAUGAUGGCGGAGCUCCUGGCCAGUGCCCGCGACAAGAUGCUGUGCCCCUCAGAGUCGAUGCUGACCCGGUCCCUGCUACUGGAGGUCAUCGAGCUCCACG